GUACCAGUAGACGGCCAACGACUGCACAAAAUGACCUCGUCGAUCACCAUGGCUGCCCCGCGAAGCAGCAAGCAGUAUGACGACGAACCAGACCUUUUCUCUCAGCAGCUACAGAUGUAUGCCUCCCUCGGCCGUAAUGAAGGCCAACAGGCUGCCACCGCGAAAGCGAAGACGGACGCCGAGUUCAUGGCGCUGCUAAGCGCAUAUAUAUCAGGAACAGAGCCCAAAGACUACCGGAUGUAUCUGUCGACUCCAUUGGUCCCACAGCAACGACAUGCCAGUAGCUCGGUCGACUCCUCGCAGCGCCAUGUAACGAGUCCAACGUUGACGCCUUCGGACUCGCCACAAAUUCUCCAUCCUAGGAUUAUCUCGCGCGUUGUCAACGCCUUCGACUUGCCGACCACGCCUCCCCACAGCAACAAUAACGCCUCGUCACAACGGCAGUAUCGUAUUGACGUACCUGCGACGACAUACACAGACGCGCGCAGUCAGCGCAAUGGGAGCAGCAGCGUCUUGCAUUCCCCGCCCGCGACAGCCCCCGAGGACGACCUCGACUUUGAUCAGAGAAGCUCGUUGGGCUCGGCCGACGACAACAACGACACUCCUCCUCCCCAUGGCGUCAAGUGGAACAGCGAAAGUGGGUUCGACGUCGUGUUCCAGCAGCAGUCGAUGGGCAUGAAGCUCGGGUACGACGCCAUCAAGAAGUGCGCGGUGGUCAAGGAGUGUUUUGACGGCACCGAGUCCAAAAAGUACAAACAAAUCACCAACGGCGUCGCCGUUCUGUCUGUGAACGGCCAAAGUCUUAGCGGCAUCAGCCUCUCCAAGAUCAUGUCGCGGCUGCGGGUAGCCCAGCGACCCGCCGUGAUUCGAUUCGAAACCGCGGACGGAGGAAGCUCGUUUCCAUAGUGGUUGACACGAUGACGUUGUCGAGACUAUAUAUUAAUCUAAUGCGGGCACAGAUAUCGAGUGGUUGAUAACGCUACUGUACCUGUACUUGAAUACUCGUAUAUAUAGAUACUAAUAACUUGGUGUUGCUCCCUG